AACAUUUCCGAGUCUCUCUGCUGGGAUAUCUCGGUCAGCCUGUGACGGAGGAAUCGUUUCCGGUGCGUUUCGCCUUUUCCCGGAAGGGCGCACGACUCGUUUCCGGUGCAGAGCGAACCAUCUCGCCGCGCUGAUCAUCUUUGAGGAGGCUUCCCGUCGGCUCGGCCGUGAACGGCUCCGUCCCAGCGCGGGCUUUGACGUCUCCGUCCGUCAACACUGAGCUCGGCGAGUGACAGCAUGAGUACCGCGGCGACACGCGCCGUGCCUCCCCCGCAGAGCCGCUCCCCGUCCGGUGCCCGGGUCUGAUUUCCGCUGCCGCGCGUCCCGCAGGAUGUGCGGGGAGGGCGGCGGGGCGCGGGACGGCCGCGGCUCGCGGGAGGAGUGGACGCUGCUGUUCUGGACGUCGCUGGCCGUCGUGGUGCCGGUCAUCAUCACGCUGUGGUGCAGCGCGCAGCGCUCCAAGCGCCGGACGCACAUGAAGGACUUCUUCCGCCAGAGCAAGCACGGCUGGAGCUACACGGACCUGUUCAACAAGCCCACCUACUGCUGCGUGUGCGCGCAGCACAUCCUGCGGGGCGCCUUCUGCGACUGCUGCGGGGUCUGCGCCGACGAGCUGUGCCUGCGCCGGGCCGACCGCGGCCUGCCCUGCAAGGAGAUCCUGGCCCCGUGCGGGCCCCGCGGCGCCCCGCAGCACCGCUGGGUGCGGGGCAACGUGCCGCUGGCCAGCUACUGCGCGGUGUGCGCGCAGCAGUGCGGGACUCAGCCCAAACUGUGCGACCUCAGGUGUGUGUGGUGCCAGAGGACUGUGCACGACGACUGCAUGGACAGCCUGGCGGACGGCGAGGUGUGCGACCUGGGCGAGUUCCACAGCCUCAUCAUCCCCCCUCACUACCUCUACCGGGUCAACAAGCUGCGGCGCCGCAACCCCGACGAGUACAGCAAGCUGGGCUCCACCUGCGGCCGCGGCUGGACGCCCCUGCUGGUCUUGGCCAACACUCGGAGCGGUAACAACAUGGGGGAGGCUCUGCUGGGGGAGUUCCGGACCCUCCUGAACCCGGUGCAGGUCUUCGACCUGUCCCAGCUGUCCCCCUCCAAAGCCCUGCAGCUCUGCACCCUGCUGCCCCCCGGCAGCGUCCGGGUCCUGGUCUGUGGGGGGGACGGCACGGUGGGCUGGGUGCUGGACGCCAUUGACACCAUGAGGCUGAAGGGCCAGGACCAGUUCCUCCCCAGAGUCACCAUCCUGCCCCUGGGCACCGGGAACGACCUGUCCAACACCCUGGGCUGGGGGGCGGGGUACGCCGGCGAGAUCCCCGUGGAGCAGGUCCUCCGCAACGUCCUGGACGCCGAGGUGGUCCAGAUGGACAGGUGGAAGGUGCAGGUGGCGUCCAAAGGCAACUACUUCCGAAAGCCCAAGGUCCUCUCCAUGAACAACUACUUCUCCGUGGGCCCCGACGCGCUGAUGGCGCUCAACUUCCACACGCACCGCGAGAAAACGCCGUCCUUCUUCUCCAGCCGCAUCAUCAACAAGGCGGUGUACUUCCUGUACGGCACCAAAGACUGUCUGGUGCAGGAGUGCAAAGACCUGGACAAGAGGAUCGAGCUGGAGCUGGACGGCGAGCGCGUGGCGCUGCCCAGCCUGGAGGGCAUCAUCGUCUGUAACAUCGGCUACUGGGGCGGCGGCUGCAGGCUGUGGGAGGGGAUGGGGACGAGCCCCUGCCCGCCCACCCGGCUGGACGACGGCCUGCUGGAGGUGGUCGGCGUGUUCGGCUCCUUCCACUGCGCCCAGAUCCAGGUGAAGCUGGCCAACCCGGUCCGGCUGGGGCAGGCACACACCGUCCGGCUGGUGCUGCGGAGCUCCACCAUGCCCAUGCAGGUGGACGGGGAGCCGUGGGCGCAGGGCCCCUGCACCGUCACCAUCACUCACAAGACGCAGGCGCUGAUGCUGUACCACAGCGCCGAGCAGACCGACGACGAGUCCAGCGCCUCGGAGCCGGAGAGCCCCGCCCCCGGCGACUCCCCGCGGCCGCCGGGGCCGGGGCCGGCCUCCGCCCGGGCCUGACCUGCUCCCCCCGGGGCUCGGCGGGGAGGUGAUGCGUUCAGGGUCCUGCCCUCCCAGGUGAGGAGCAGCUGAAUGUCCUGCUGUGGGUUUGCACUGAUCGCUCGUGCCAUAGAUCCUCCACUCCGCUCUAUUUAUUCUGCCGUGUUUUCAUUUGGCCUGAAGCCAUGCCAGACUCAACCUCUGAACCUCCAAGCAGCACAGAGUGGAUGCCUGGGCCGGAGCGUCCCUGGUAGGACUGCAGUUUGGUCAAACACUGGACGUCCUGCUGGUUCACCGCCUCCAGGCCACUGAGCUCUCCAGUCUGAAAGCCAGGCAGGACGUUUCCUUCGUGUUCACUUUAAUAGAAAGCUUCUGGAUUAUCUGCUGCCACUGAAAAGUAAACCCUGUGUUCCUUUUAGCAGCCCGCCAGUUUAGAAACCUGCAGAAUGAAACCAACUAAAUGUUACAGUUUUAAAAUAGCAGAUUAUAGAAGUGUCUUCAAUCCCAAAAUAUAUGUCCGUUAUUUCAGAUUCACCAAAAAAUGUACAGAUUACUCAGUAUUUGUAGUUGAUUGCUCUAUAAUCUGGAUGUUACAGGGAGGAAGAUGCUCUAAUCUGGAUGUUGAAGGUCAAACUCAGAUACUUCAGUAACUUUAACUAGUGACUAGUUUAAAUAGUAAGUUGUUUCUUCAUUUAAUCCACAUCGCUGCUGAAAGCCAAACCUUCCCUUUCCCACUUGUUUCCUGUUGUUUACAUAUUUUGCGUUGCACUGCUGUAGCUCCUACACUGACACCUGAUGAGAUUACGCUGAACCGGGUCCUCGCUGUUUUACCCACAGCCACCACAAGGCGGCGGCCUCGGUUCCAGUCCAGCUGACCUGUGAUGCCUUCAGGAACUCGGAUUAGAGGACAGUUUUCAUUCAUGCAGGAGACAUUAGUUCCAGUUGGGGUUUAGAUGUUACGACAGUCUUCAGCUGCAGGCUGAACCCUGAUCUUUAAAAUCUGUCACAUUAAACAGCAUUUGGCUGAAAACCUAAACACACUUCAGGAGUGUGAGUCACUGGGAUCAUUAGAAAGUGUGUUUUCUCCACAGUGAGGGCCGGUUCAGAUCCGAGGGUUUACUUCAGCUCUUUGGAGGCUCACACACUUCCCCGCAGUGUUUCCUGGAGAGUGAACUGAGCCCACAUCGUUUAUUCAAAGUGUGUUUAAAGUCUUCACCUUUCUCCUCGUGUCAGAAUGCUUUGGUGUUGGAUUCCUGUGCGUUGGACGAUGCUCAUGUCUGUACAGGGUGUUAGAAACGUGCUGGUGUUUUUCUUCAGAAGCUUCAUCUUCCCGCGCCGGUUGAACGCAUGUCGUCCGCACAAGCUUACUUCAUCCUUUCACUGCUUCUGUCUUCAUGCUGGGAAAAGACGUGGCCCGAGGAAGCACCCGGUGAGAAAUGGAAACCGAAAUGACAAAGAAAGCGCAUGUGGGAGAAAACAAGCUUUUAUUGAUAACAAUCAUGUUAAACAUUGUUUACAAAACGAUGGUCGACUGAUGAUAAAAUCAGACUUUGAUGGAGAUGAAUGUAAAGAGUGGAUCUUCUGAAUUUGAGGACGUUCCCAUAAAUAUUUUCAUAUAUAA